AUGACUACCGCCCUCGACCACCUCUACAUUGGCGGCCGCAUCAACUGGCUGGCCCAGUUGAACACGGCUGCCCAGCCUGACAAGAACUACCGCCGUUCUUCCAUCAUCUGCACCAUUGGUCCCAAGACCAACUCGGUCGAGGCCAUGAACAACCUGCGCAAGGCCGGCAUGAACGUUGUCCGCAUGAACUUCUCGCACGGAAGCUACGAGUACCACCAGUCCGUUAUCGACAAUGCGCGUGAGGCCGAGAAGCAGAUGACCGGCCGUCAGCUCGCCAUUGCCCUCGACACCAAGGGCCCCGAGAUCCGAACCGGCAACACCAAGAACGAUGAGGACCUGCCCAUUUCGGCCGGUAAGGAGCUGAACAUUACCACUGAUGAGCAGUACGCCACCAGCUGUGACACGGAAAAUCUCUACGUCGACUACAAGAACAUCACCAAGGUAAUCGAGAAGGGACGCAUUAUAUACGUCGACGACGGUGUCUUGGCUUUUGAGGUUCUCGAUGUGGUUGAUGAGAAGACCGUACGCGUCCGUGCUCGUAACAACGGCUUCAUCUGCUCCAAGAAGGGUGUCAACCUGCCCAACACCGACGUUGACCUGCCUGCCCUUUCCGAGAAGGACAAGGCCGACUUGAGGUUUGGUGUCAAGAACAACGUCGACAUGGUCUUUGCCUCGUUCAUCCGCCGUGGACAGGACAUCAAGGACAUCCGCGCGGUUCUCGGUGAGGACGGCGCCCACAUCCAGAUCAUUGCCAAGAUUGAGAACCGUCAAGGCCUGAACAACUUCCCUGAGAUUCUCAAGGAGACCGAUGGUGUCAUGGUUGCCCGUGGUGAUCUGGGUAUUGAGAUCCCCGCCGCCGAGGUUUUCGCGGCCCAGAAGAAGAUGAUUGCUCUUUGCAACAUGGCCGGCAAGCCCGUCAUCUGCGCUACUCAGAUGCUCGAGUCCAUGAUCAAGAACCCUCGCCCCACCCGUGCCGAGAUCAGCGACGUUGGCAACGCCGUCACCGACGGCUCGGACUGUGUCAUGCUUUCUGGUGAGACGGCCAAGGGUAGCUACCCCUGUGAGGCCGUCAGGGAGAUGAGCGAUGCUUGUCUCAAGGCUGAGAACACGAUUCCGUACGUCAGCCACUUUGAGGAGAUGUGCGGCGCUGUCCACCGCCCCGUCAGCAUUGUCGAGUCAUGCGCCAUGGCUGCUGUUCGUGCCUCGCUUGACAUCAACGCUGGCGGCAUCAUCGUCCUCUCCACCUCCGGCGUGUCGGCACGUCUCCUGUCCAAGUACCGCCCGGUCUGCCCCAUUUUCAUGGUCACCCGCAACCCCUCGGCAUCAAGGUACAGCCACUUGUACCGUGGCGUCUACCCGUUCCUGUUCCCCGAAGCCAAACCCGACUUCUCCAAGGUCAACUGGCAGGAGGAUGUCGACCGCCGCAUCAAGUGGGGUGUCAAGCAUGCCCUUGAGCUUGGCGUUCUCGAGAAGAAUGACCCAAUUGUCGUCGUCCAGGGCUGGAAGGGCGGCAUGGGCAACACCAACACCAUCCGUGUGCUCAAGGCCGAUACCGACAGCCUUGGAAUUGGCCAGGCUGACCUUUAA